AUGGAGAGAUUCCUUCAUCGCAGACGGGAUGGGCGGAUCCUGGACGUGGACGAAUUUCAGGUUGCCAAAGCUCUGCUGGCGGGCGAAACGGAGCCCCUCAGCCAGGAAGUCGAUUCCGGGGAACACCUCUUUGACCUGUGCUGCCGCUUCGGCCACCAGAGCACUGCCGCAGCCAUGAUUUCAUACCGAGUGCCAGGCUGUGUUUUCAAGGGUUUCCACACCUUGCGGCCUCCUGCUGUUGAGCCUCCUGAACCACAAGCAUACGUCCGUGUUUUCGGUGGCGUCUGCGAGUGCGAAGCCUGGAAUAGUAACACUUGCAGAAGCUGCAGCUGGGGCUUCCCGGAGGAUGAGGGUGAUUGGAUGGAGGAUUGGGAUGCAAGUCUUCAGGACGCCAAACACGCCGCGGAAAGCGUCGCUGCGAUGCCGUUGGUUCGCAACUUGCUGGAGGCCUUCCGCUCCCAGGCGGCAUUUCUAGGAAUCGUCACAGAGGAAGCCAUGGCCUACUUGCUCGACGUUGCCAUCCUCAUUGGGGAUGCCGAGCUCGCCAGAUCCUGUGCCAAGCACUGCACCCGUCUGCCGCUCCGGCGCUGGAGAUACGAGGAGUUUGUGAGUAUCGUGAAUGAUGACUUCCCGUGCCUUAGCCUUCGAGCAGAGAUUCUGGAGAAAGACGUCCUGGUCGCAGCUUUGGCCGCCGCCCUGCAGCUCAAGCGGCUGACCCGCCGUUUCUGGAACGAUGCCGUUUCGCUUGCGGAAGCCGUGGUACUUUCCGGAGACGCGGAGCUUUGGCAGCGAGUCCAAGGCCUUCAGCUGCAGCUCGGGCCUUGGCCGCUGGCCAACGCAUGA